GCAAAUGUUGAUGUAACACAGGGGUUCUUCAGAAACUAAAAGAAAACCUGAUAGAACUGGCAAAUGUCCUUGACUGGCAAAGAAGGGUCUAUCUUGGAGGCAGAAAGUGCCAGAGUACAUUAGCCGUUGCUAAAGAAACCUAGAGGAAAUUAAACCCAGGAUCUUACAUAAGCAAAGGAAGGCUGGGGGAAGAAGCGGAGGUGCUGUGUGCUUAGCGUGUGUAGGUGGAGCUAUGAAACCCUGAACAACAGCUUUGCCUUAGCUGAGAACAAACAAACAAGCGAAUAAAGGAGAUUUCAUUCCAGCCAAGGAAGAAGUAAAAAGAAGUGAUCCAGACAAUGUGAUUGCAUUAGUUUGCCAUCAGCAGCUGCCAGGUUCUGGAAUGGGGCUUGGGGAGAAAAUUAGGAACAUAAACUGUUUACCAGCAUGUUACUGGAUAGGGUAUACUGGGAUUUUUGAAGACAAGGGGGUGGGAGAGCUGAUUUUUUUGCAUUAUCUCUAUUUGUUCUGAACUUUAAUCAAGUAAUUGAGGUACUGCUGCUUUGGAAAUAUCAGCUCCAUGGGAUAAGAGGGACACUGGUAAAAAAAUACAUGGAAGGUUGGGGCUAAAAGUUUGAGUGAGGUAGGAGAGGUGCCAGUUCAUAUAUUCUUGAAGAAUCAGUUGGUUUUAUGCUUGAGGCAGGCUCUAAAGUCUGUUGACUCUUACAGGGUAUUUCUUUCAAACGCAGUGGCUCAGCAAUCCACCUCUUGUGUGCUAUUAAAAUGUUCCUGUGACACCACAAGGGCAGUCACUGGCCCUUGGUAUAUAACACUAUUCAGCAGUAGAUAUCAAAACAUUUCACAAAGUUAUAUGAUAGUUAUUAGUAAUUGUUAUAUACAGAGAGAAAUUGAAGCAUUGAGAGUAGCAGGUGAGAGGUAGGGUUGGAAAUAAAGCACAAAAAUUAGACUCAAUGGGCUGCUUGAUCUCAAGUGUGAUAUUGUGGUGUAAAGGAUUGUGAUGUGUUCCUGUGGCCCAAGUAAGUGUGAAAAUUUGAAGGUGAGCAGUGUUAAGUGACUCUUCUCCAGAGAAAAGGAACAGAGAACUCAGCAGUUUUUGUAAGCAUAGUCAUUUCUAAAGGUUAUGUAUUUCAAAGCUAUUCUAUUUGGAAGUUAUGAAGCCAUCCAUAAACCAGCAACUUCCCGGGAGAAGAGAAUAGUAAAUGAAAAUAUGCAAAAUUUCCAGAACUGACAGUGUACUAUUUUAUGGAGCUCAUCUUCCUGCCCUCCCCCACACCUCAACACGAUCCAUUUAUGCUUCUUCAGACAGAUUUGGUGUUACAGAAGAAGUAAUUUUCUAGCUGACAUUUGCAUUUCAAACUUUUAGUCACUGUUAGGAUCUGGAAAAGAAUACAGAAGCAGAACCUCAGGAGUGCUUUUGUUUCCAAAGCAGACAGGAUUUGUAUCACUGGUAAGAUAGUAAUUAAAAUUUGGCUGUGUUUCAUAAUAUAGUGAUACUGCAACAUCAGGCUCCUUGGUGACAGCAGCUCAGGAGAUGGGUAUUAAAAUAGAUUCUUGCACGUACACGUUGUUGUUGUAAGAUAGGAAUUUAUACCUUUCAGUUAGGCUCUGUGCUUGUUAGGAAGUGAAGACAGUGACGUGGAUCCAGCAGUUAUACAGCUUUUAAAAUGAAUCAGUUUGUCAUUUCUCUUUGAAAACAACAAGCAGCAGCAUUUUGAUGUUAAAAUACUAUGGUGAACAAACCCAGCUGACAGUAGUAUUCGUUGCACUGAUCUUGCAACAUCUUUAUUUGUUCCAAAGGAUGCUCAAGCACAAAUGAUGCAGGUAGCAUUUUAUAAAGGCAAAGUAAUGAAAGCAGUGUCGUUUAAUCAUGAGCAGCAAAACACCUAUCCUUUAUCAUUUGGAAUGAAGAAGGUUGAGUAAACAGUUAUUCAGAGCUCAUGUUCAGUUAUUGGAAGCCACACAAACACUAGAGGUUGGCCUUUGUGGUUCCUGUGUUUGCAUAAUGAGGACCUCAGUUAGACAAGAAUUCUGAAUCAAAGUGAAACUGUUAGAAAGGUGCGUCAAGAAAGCGUUAUUACAGCAAAGGAGAAAUGAAGAGCUUCUGGCACAAUUGGAUUUUACUGAAAGUCUGUAGACAUGCGGGCAGCCAUGAAACUCUGGUUUUAGUGGUGAUUCACACAGAAGCUGUGGGGUCAGCACUCAAACAGAGAGUGAAAUCUGAGGGGCAAAUGGAAGAGCAGAGAAAACAGCUUUGUAGUUAUUGAUGGGAGUGACUCACAUUACAAGUGGAGAAUAUGCUUCAGUAUAUACAACAGUCAUGAAACACAAACAAACUUGUAUCCUGAAACACAGACAUUUUUUGUGUCAGGUACUGUAGUGGUGAGGAAGAGUGCCAUAGGUAGGGGAACUGUCAGGUGAAAUACAGGUGUUGAUGUCUCUGCAAACAGCACUUGAAUCUUUUAAAUAAACUAAUGUAUAAGCACCUGCAUUUAAUUCUUCCUGUGUUAUCAAUUCGGUUAAUUCAUUUAAGGUUGAUUGAGAGGACGGCUGACGACAUCAUUACCUACAUCUACGUUAUCUACAGUUUCUUUAUCAGGUCUGCUGCCCACAGUGUUUCCUGUGAACACCCAUGGAAGAGUAAAAGGAUUGGAAAGCUAUGUCCUAGAGAAAUUUGUAUUAUUUCUGUUACACAGAGAAAUGCUGAAAUUUCAAGAAACUGCUAAGCAUGUCAGUGUUGCCAGAUUGAAUUCUGCUCGCUCAGAUGCCGUGGUUGCUAGAAGAUACACUAUUCAGAGGAAACUUGGCAAUGGAAGCUUUGGAAGCGUGUAUCUGGUUUCUGACAGAAAAGCAAAACAAGGAGAAGAAUUAAAGGUUCUAAAGGAAAUCUCUGUUGGAGACUUAAAGCCUAAUGAAACAGUUGAAGCAAAUCUGGAAGCACAACUACUCUCCAAAUUAGACCAUCCAGCCAUUGUCAGAUUUUAUGCAAGCUUUGUGGAGCGAGAUAGUUUCUGCAUUAUCACUGAAUACUGUGAGGGUGGAGAUCUAGACUUUAAAAUUCAAGAGUACAAAGAAUCUGGGAAGAUAUUCACUCAAAGACAAAUAUUAGACUGGUUUAUACAGUUGUUACUUGGAGUCAACUAUAUGCAUGAAAGGCGGAUACUUCACAGAGAUUUGAAAGCCAAGAAUAUAUUUUUGAAAAAUGAUCUUCUUAAAAUUGGGGACUUUGGAGUUUCUCGUCUUUUGAUGGGUUCAUGUGAUCUGGCAACUACAUUUACUGGGACACCAUACUACAUGAGCCCAGAAGCACUGAAGCACCAGGGAUAUAACACAAAAUCUGACAUUUGGUCUCUGGGGUGCAUUUUGUACGAGAUGUGCUGUAUGAAUCAUGCCUUCACUGGGCACAAUUUUUUGUCUGUGGUGUUGAAAAUUGUAGAGGGUGAUACCCCUUCUCUUCCUGAUAGAUAUCCCAGCAAGCUGAAUACUGUGCUGUGCAGCAUGUUAAAUAAGAACCCUUCAUUGAGACCAACAGCAGCAGAGAUCCUUAAAAUCCCUUAUAUUGAUGAACAACUAAAGAAUAUACAGUACAAGUUCACAAACAUGACUGUGAAAAACAAAGCACUUAACUGGCAGAAAGAAGCUGCUCCCAUUUUUGAUGCUGUGCAGAAGAAAGUUCAUCUGCAAACUCUGCAGAAUCUGUCUGAAGUACAGAAGAUGACACCGCGGGAACGUAUGAGGCUGAGGAAGUUAAAUGCUGCUGAUGAGAAAGCAAAGAAGUUGAAACAGCUGGCAGAGGAAAAAUAUCAAGAAAAUACGAAGAAAAUGCAAGAAUUCAGGUCCCGUAAUUUCCAGCAGCUAAAUGUCAAUGUCCUACAUGAAUCUGAUGGGCAGACUUCAGAAUUUCCAAUUCAUUCUCAACCAGCCACUACAUGCAACUAUGCGUCCAUAGGACAUGAUGAACCAAGUGGAAAUGGGUCAAGUCAACUCUGCAUGUCUGAAUUUACAGACCAUGAGAUCCCAGAAGACCCAGCAAUAGCAGAAGAAUAUUACAAUGAAGAGUUUGAAUCCUGUUCAGAAAGCAGUGGAGAGGAGGAGGAUGCGGAAGCGUCACAGACUGUUUCUAAGCCUAAUCACCAGGACAGUGAUAUCGAGGCAAUGGUCAAGUAUUUGGAGAGUGUCCUGAAUAGUAGCUCAUUGGGCUCAGAGACUGUCACCAGAGUGUCUCCAGCGGUGCCCCAGGGAUCCAGAGCUCUCAACAGCACUAUGGCAGAGACCAAACUGAAACGCAUGAGGGAAUCUGCCAUUGGGAAGCUGGGAGCAGAGGUGUUUGAGGCCGUGUACAGCUAUCUCAAGCAAGCGAGACAGCAGAAUGCCAGUGAGGAGGAGAUCAGGAGACACCUGGAGAAACUGGUUUCUAGAGCAAGUGAUUGCUUUGAAGUGGAUCAGCUUCUCUACUUUGAGGAGCAGCUACAGGCUUCAGAAUCACGUCUUCAGCUGUAAAAGGUGUGUCAGUAACAGUGCUAGAAAAGGUAAGGGGGAGUGAAGGUGUCUUCUUGAGGUCAGCAAGCAAGUAUGGGAGGUAUUUGAAGGAACCACUGAAGGUAACGUAGUACAUAAGCAUGUGAAUAAACUCCAUUUGAGAAUCCAGACUGCAGCGGGAAGUAUGUAAUUAUGGUACAGAAUACAGGGACAGGUAGAACAAACGUUUGCUUGUUACUAUUCCUUGUUCAAAAGGACUGCAUGUAAUCUGUGUGACUUUCAAGUGAGCUGUGAAAAUACAUGCAGAAGUGUAUAUUUAUAUACAUAUAUGAGUGCUCAAAUAGACAGGAAUGUAUAUCCAUAAGGGCAGAAAGAUGUCUGGCUAUCUACUGUAGGUGUGUGAAUGUAUAGAGGCAGAGGCAUGAGGCCUGAGCUAUAGCUGACUAUAUUAGAUAGGAAUCCUUACUGCAGCUUCUGAGAGUUUUGGAUCAAAUUUAUUGUACACAGAUGGAACAAUAAACUGAUUUUUUUGACUUGUA